AUGUCUUCCCUUUGGAUGGUAUCACCAUCGUCACCGAAACCUUGGUUGCCAAGGUUCUCUUACCACCCCCUAUUAUCAACAGCCGCAAGCCACCGGUGUUCAGCUCAAAAACAGCGCAAGGCCCAUGGCGAGGAGACUAUUCUCGCGGCUGGCGCUAUACGAACUCCCCAAAAGCUAAACAGCAAUAACCUCUUUCAUAUCCCUGAAUUAGUUAAAGUCAUACACAUUGAUGACUUUGCUUCCAAACUGCACCUCUUUCAUGGAAGUUGUUCUAAUUCGAGACUCUAA